AAAUAAAUCGAACCUAUCACUUUAAAUCUUCAAUCUCUGGUGCAACAGAGAUCACAUAUUGGUUAGUGGAGGGUCGGAAUUGCCAUAUUUCACCUGAGAUACUCAGUAACUCAGAACAGCUAACUGGCGGUUAUUCGUUAUUAUUUAUUACAUUUAAUUCUGUCUACAUAGAUAGGUCCUUCUUGAGCACUUGAUAUUGUUUACCAAAGAAAUGGUGAUGGAGAAGCCAAGUCCCCUGCUUGUAGGGCGGGAGUUUGUGAGGCAGUAUUACACACUCUUAAACAAGGCACCGGAUUUUCUGCACAGGUUCUAUGGGAGGAAUUCAUCCUAUGUUCAUGGAGGACUUGACCCAAAUGGAAAGGUUGCAGAAGCAGUGUAUGGGCAAUCGGAAAUCCACAAGAAGGUCAUGUCUCUGCAGUUUAGUGAGUGCCAUACAAAGAUCAGGCAUGUGGAUGCUCAUGCUACACUGAGUGAUGGAGUGGUGGUGCAGGUCCUUGGAGAACUGUCCAAUAAUGGUCAGCCCAUGAGGAAAUUCAUGCAAACCUUUGUGCUUGCUCCAGAGGGUUCAGUGGCAAACAAGUUCUAUGUCCACAAUGACAUCUUCUGUUAUGAGGAUGAGGUCUUUGGUGACUCUGAGGCUGAGCUUGAUGAAGAAUCGGAGGAGGAAGUUGAGGAGGAGCCAGAGGAGAGACCACCUUCCCCCGAGCCACUUCAGGAAAGCCCCAACAGCACCACCUACUAUGAGCCUCAUCCUGUCACCAAUGGGGUAGAGGAGCCUAUGGAGGAGCCUGCUCCAGAGCCAGAGCCGGAGCCAGAACCAGAGCCUAAAGUGGAGGAGGGUAAACCUGAGGAAGAUGAGAAAGGCUUAGAAGAAAUGGAGGAAAAAGCACCUUCGCCAGCACCUGUCGAGUCGCCACCUAACACACAGGAGCCUCCCAAGACUUUCUCCUGGGCUUUGGUGACCAGUAAAAACCUGCCUCCUACUGGCACUGUCAGUUCUGCUGGAAUCUCCCCACAUGUUGUUAAAGCUCCAAGCUCGCAGCCCAGGGUUGAAGCUAAACCGGAGACACAGACGGCACCACUCCGGCCCAGAGACCAGCGCACUCGAGAAAGGCCGACAUUCACUCAGCGUGGUCCCCGACCCGGAGGCAGAGAUAUGGAAUCUGGUGACAUGGAGGGCCGGCGAAUUGUUCGGUACCCUGACAGCCACCAGCUUUUUGUGGGCAACCUCCCACAUGACAUCGAUGAGAACGAGCUCAAGGAGUUCUUCAUGACUUAUGGAAAUGUGGUCGAACUGCGUAUCAACACCAAAGGGGUUGGUGGGAAGCUGCCCAACUUCGGAUUUGUGGUCUUUGAUGACUCCGAUCCUGUGCAAAGAAUUCUUGGGGCCAAGCCCAUCAUGUUUCGGGGCGAGGUGCGUCUGAAUGUGGAGGAGAAGAAGACGAGGGCGGUGCGUGAACGAGAGAUCCGAGGAGGAGACGAGCGCCGGGACAUGAGGCGCAACGACCGCGGGCCUGGGGGCUCGCGGGGAAUCGUCGGGAGCGGAAUGAUGCGCGAACGCGACGGGAGGGGACCGCCACCGCGAGGUGGCAUGGCCCCUAAACCCGGCAUGGGCUCUGGAAGAGGCUCCAGCGGGCCGGGAGAGGGCCGCUUCACAAACCAGCGCCGCUGAGCGCCCCCUGCAGUGUGGGAGUAGUACCGUGUUCUUCAUCUUCAACUGUUCUCGUUGAGCAAAAGAAACCCACAUGUAUAAAGUAUAUAUUUGUUUUCUUUUUUGUUUUUGUUUCUUUGAUUUGUUUCUUUUUUUUGUGUUCCCCAUUUGUUUGUGAAAUAGACGAAACAAAAUAAGCAAACCAAAUUUCGCUUAUUAGUUGCGCGCGGAGCGGCUUUUUCGGGUAUCUCAAGAAUUCACAAACUUCUCAUUGGUAAUUUGAUGGGGUGAAAAAAGGCGACCCGACCAGGAGUGAUCUGCCACAUUAGAAGGGACUGAUAAGACUUUAAGCUUCAACAGUUCAGCCCAUCAUUUUCUGAAAAGAGAUUCCAACUUAAGGGGGGCGUUGCUUCACCAAAUCCCUCUAUUGCACAUUUUAUAUCGUAGUUUUCUGCCUGUUGGAGAAGCGCCAGAAGCAAAAUUUGUGCUGUUCCAGAGGAAAGGCUUGCCUUUUACUUUCCCUUUUUGAGAGACCACUGCUUCAAAAUUGCAUAAUGCACUCAUCAAUAUGCACUAAUGGGUACUUUUGUCAUGUUACAUUGACAUCCAUUCUUGGAACGCAGCUGGAGGGACCCGUUUGGUCUCGAAGCGAUACGACUUACCGGGACAGGCCUCUUUCCCCGCCUGACCCCUGUGACCAAUGUACUUCUCACACUUUUGACCCAAAACUACACUUCAGAUACUGCUGGACGGACACAAUGACGAGCAAAUCUGCAUUAUGUUUUUCCUCAUUCGUAAAUCGAGAGCUCAGAUCUUGAACUUUUCACCAAAAGAGUGGGGGGACAGAGCAUGAGCAGUAGAAGAGUGGUUUAUGAUGGCGGCCCGCUCCGUGUUUCUUUUUUUGAUUACAAGCUCCUUGUUUUUGUUUUUCCUGCCAGCUUGACUGCGAAAUGGGGACGAGCGACACCUUUCCUCCCUUCCUGUCUUGAGUGCGGCGUAAUUGAAUAAAUGUACAGCAAAAAUCACAAUUUACUGUAUGUUUUGCUUUUGUGUAUAAUUUAAUUUCUCUUGACUUGAUAAAAGCAUGAUGGUGCCUUCUAUUUCACCUAUUCCAGUCUUACUGAUGUGUGAAGCGGUUCGGGGCUCGCUGCCUCCUGGUAUAAAGAGCUGCUUAUUUUGAACUAUAUUCUGCUGGGAGCAGAUUAAAGAUGAUACUCACAGUAUUCAUAAGAUUUAUGUUUUUUCUUCAGGUGCAUAUUUCUUUUUUUUUCCAUACUGUUUUACUACCUAAGAUGAUCUGCUGUGACUUUUGUACUUUUUUCUUUCCGUUGUUGUAAAUGUUGAGUUCUUUAGAGACUAACUGUGCCUCGUGUUUUGUUGAAGUGGUUGAGAGGUGCGUUUGAAGUCACUUACACACGACCCUGACCCCCUGGAAAAAACAAAAAGGUACAUUAAAUAUGGUGAGAGUUAAAUUGCUGCCUGGUUUAUCAGAUCAUGAUUCCACAUAACCAUGGCGUCGUUGAAUUCUAGCUUCUGAAGGUGUUAAAAGUCUGUGAUUCAAAAACUCAUGAUUCUUUUUUUUUUUCUGGCCUUUGGGUGUCGCUUUACUCGGUUUGUUUUUCAUGCCAACAUUCUUACAACCUCUGGGUGAGCUGCUCAGAACUAGAGUCGAGUCGAUUUGAGAUAAAUGCUCACUUUUUUUCUGUUUUCAUAUUCUGUUCCGUACAUAUUUCCAUCCGAGGCAGGUUUAAAGCGGACACCGAACUAGUCGGCUCUCUUUAGUUUUCCUGCUUUGGUCUGGGGAGGGAAGGCCUUUGGUUUCAGCUGGAAAGGGAAAUGGGAUGGAUGAUCAUUUUUUGUUGUCUUGCACUGAAAUGGGAAGUUAAAAUAAUGUAGCAUUUUUCUUGACAAAUAUACCAAGGUCUUCCUUGUCUGGUGUUUUUGCACUAUUUCCAGUAUUUCUGGGACAAUCUUUGUCGGUCUGGAUCAAAGCCUUUUCAAAAUUUCUCAUCUGGCUGCAAAUAAAAGUCCUCGGCAUGAAAUGUUUGCUCUAAAUCAUACUUCAAAGGAGAUGUACAGACAUGGUAUAUUUCUGGUCAACUUCUUGGCAGCUCUCCAUUGUGGUCGAGGUUGAAUGUGGAAUUAGUUUUUGAUGGAUCGGUAAUUUACCAGUUUGUGACCUAAUAUCACAGAAAAACAACUGCUCUUCGUCCAUGAGUGUUUAGAUAUUUCAUGUUGGUGCCUCAGCACCGUUAUUUGUCAGGUAACUGCUUGACAACUCUUGGCUGCAGUCAUUCGUUUUUUUCUCACUGUAAGGGUGAAGAAGAGCCAUCAUGCUUUCAGACUAAACGUGGGCUUUUGUUUGUGGUGGGAGGAAAUUUAUGGUCAGUUUUUUCUCUGAGCUACUUCAAAGAUUUGUCCCCUUUUAAACUGUAAAGGAUCCUUCACAUCUAAAGAGACAGGUGUCAUUAAAUGUUCCUUUUAAUAGAAAAAUUAGGGCGGAAGGUCCUCAUUUUGGUUGAGAACAGAAGUACCUUUUGGCUUUAGCAGGUGUGGUUAACAGCUGGCUGCCAUCCUAGUUAAACUGUGUUUACCCUUUAACUUGUUGCUAGUUUAAAAAAAAAAAAGCUGCAGGUGGAGAUUUUUGCCAUAAGUUUAGCAUUUUUACUUUUCUUUUUACAUUCUGAAUGUGUUGAAUUUAACAUACAAUAAACUACUGAUAACAACACCGCUCAUACCACGAGUCAUGAUUACAUUCAACUCCUUGUGAGGUUUUUUAAGCCCCCAAACAUAGACGAUGAGUUAAAGGAACCAAUCUGAAAAGGUUUUAUUUUUUCCCUCAUCGAUUUGGUGAUUAUUAUUUGCUCAAAGUUAUGAAAGUGAUGAAUUUUUCUUCUGUUGUCCUAAACGUAAAUUAUCCAAGUCCAAUCCUUACCCAUUAAACAGAUUAAUUCAAACACAAAGUUACCCUUUCACAUAGGGUUUGUGAGCUGUCCAUCAUGUUUGAUGUCCUCUUAUCUAGUGAAACCACAGGUUGCUUUCAUGUUCUGCUGAAAAUACUUUGCCCACAGAAUCAAGCAUAUAUAGCGGGACUUUUUUUUUUUUUACCUGAACCGUCACAUUUAGAAUUGCAUUUCUCCAAGGAGUUCAAACACCAACUGAGGCCAUGACAUAAGAAUUUCACCCUCUGCUCCAACCUGAAAUUACCAACAUCUCUGAACACCUCUCACAGCUUGGUUUGCCCAAAUGAAGGCACACCAGGGAGAUAAGAGGAGGACAGGGAUGUUUUAUACUCCUCUGGGCUGCUAACAGACAUUGGAUGUGAAGACACAGGGAAUACACAGUCAAAACCACACAGGAUUCUUAAGUUAAUUAUACUUUGGAGCUUUAAGCCCCCGAGAAAAGGCAGACAGUUAACACAACUGGAUCAUUUAGAGAUCAGAAUUAGAAAAAAACAGUAAAACCCCAGAAGUAAAUUUGACAUGUCAGUUUGAGUUUAUACCUUAUUAGUCCUAUAUGUUAUUAUACAAAGCCAUCGUAAAGUAAGAGAAAAGGAAGACACCUCAGAGAGCAGCAUGGUUGCUAGUUCUCUGCUUACUAGUGAUAACAAGGCCCAUGUGGCCCAACAGGGAACAGUUAAUUAAUCUCUUUGCUUGGGAGUGUCAGCUUGACGCUUAUUUUCCUAUCUUGUACAUUUGUUACAAACAGAAUUUGCCGUUAGUGAGCCUUAAUUUUCUCUGUAAAUUAAUUCAGUCAAUGAUAGACCUCUUUUGACUGCUCACUGAAUGGUAAUUGAUUUACGGUUGUGUGAAGAAACCAAGGCUAAAAGGGAAAAAAAGUAUUCAACUGCACAAUGGAGAAUACAGCCUGUAACAUGUUUGAGUUUUAUUGGGUAUUCAGGAUACAAGAGCUGCAUUUAACAGGAUUUAAAUAUUCAUCAUGUUGCAAGCGCGCUGGAACAACACAAAUACCUUGAAGUUGGGAAUUGGGUGUAGAAUACUUCAUUUGAAUGAACAUUUCUAUUAUUUGUUUUAUUUUUUAAAAAGAAAGCAUUUUUGUAGAAUCUUUUUCUAAUUAUUGGGAAGUUGCUUGGACCUGCUGACUUCAAAUGUGAUGUUGUACAUU